CCUGCCUCCUUAAGUGUGGUGCGGGCUAAAUAUGGUUCGGGUUUCCCGUUCUUGCUCCAGUGACAGGGCUUUGAGGCCUGUUAUUCCCACUGUACUUCCAUGUCCAGUACCUGUUCACCUAGAUGCCCUCUGUUGCACCAGGGAACUUUGCAAACAAAAGUUUGGAAGAAGUGGGCCGACAGGGAGAGCGUAAGGUAGAAAUAAUCUUUGUUCAAACUGCUAACGUGGGCUGUGCAUUGGCGUCAGCCUUUUUUGGAGUCACCUCACCUUGAGGCUUGCAGUUAACCUGAGCGAUCUGAACAUCGUCAGAUUAAACCUUUUCGUCCCCACAAGCAAAGCAGUUAUAUCAUGUUUUUGGCCCAGAGGAGACUUUGCUCCCUUGAAAGUAGAGCAAAAUUCCUGAAGACAAUUUAUUCUUCAAAAAUCCUCGGACUCCCUACUUCUGCUAAAAUGUCUUUGAAAAUCACCAAUGCAAAACGAAUUGAAGGCCUUGAUAGUAAUGUGUGGAUUGAAUUUACCAAGUUGGCCGCAGACCCCUCUGUUGUGAAUCUUGGCCAAGGCCUUCCAGAUAUAUCCCCUCCUAUAUAUGUAAAGGAAGAAUUAUCAAAGAUUGCAGCAAUCGAUAGCCUGAACCAGUAUACACGAGGCUUUGGUCAUCCAUCGCUUGUGAAAGCUCUAUCCUGCUUAUAUGAAAAAAUUUAUCAAAAGCAAAUCAAUCCAAAUAAAGAAAUCCUUGUGACAGUAGGAGCAUAUGGAUCUCUUUUUAAUACCAUUCAAGGAUUAAUUGAUGAGGGAGAUGAAGUCAUAGUAAUAGUACCUUUCUAUGACUGCUAUGAGCCCAUGGUGAGAAUGGCUGGAGCAACACCUGUUUUUAUUCCCCUAAGACCUAAACCUGUCGAUGGGAAAAAAUGGUCUAGUUCUGACUGGACAUUGGAUCCUCAAGAACUGGCAAGUAAGUUUAACUCCAAAACCAAAGCGAUUAUACUGAAUACUCCACAUAACCCCAUUGGCAAGGUAUAUACCAAAGAAGAACUCCAAGUAAUUGCUGACCUUUGCAUCAAAUAUGACACACUCUGCAUCAGUGAUGAGGUUUAUGAAUGGCUUGUAUAUACUGGAAAUAAACAUGUAAAAAUAGCUACUUUUCCAGGUAUGUGGGAGAGAACAAUAACGAUAGGAAGUGCCGGAAAGACUUUCAGUGUAACUGGCUGGAAGCUUGGCUGGUCCAUUGGUCCUAAUCAUUUGAUAAAACAUUUACAGACAGUUCAACAAAACACUGUUUAUACUUGUGCUACACCUUUACAGGAAGCCUUGGCUCAAGCUUUUUGGAUUGACAUCAAGCGCAUGGAUGACCCAGAGUGUUACUUUAAUUCUUUGCCAAAAGAGUUAGAAGUAAAAAGAGAUCGGAUGAUACAUUUACUUGAAAGUCUUGGCCUAAAACCCAUAGUUCCUGAUGGGGGAUACUUCAUCAUUGCUGAUGUGUCUUUGCUAGAUGCAGACCUCUCUGAUAUGAAGGACAGCAAUGAACCUUAUGACUAUAAAUUUGUGAAAUGGAUGACUAAAAAUAAGAAACUGUCAGCCAUUCCAGUUUCCGCAUUCUGUAACGCAGAGACCAAAUUACAGUUUGAGAAGUUUGUGCGAUUUUGCUUCAUUAAAAAAGACAGUACACUGGAUGCUGCUGAAGAAAUCAUUAAGGGAUGGAAUAGACAGAAGUCUUGAUACGUGCAGACUGUUUCUACUAGAUGACCGAAUAUGUAAUUAUUAUUUAGUGCUGCCAUCUGCUGGAUAUUGAAAAACAAAUAUUUCAGUACAAAUGAAAUUUGAAGAAAAUUUUCCAAAUGUUAACCCUACUGGGUUGUUUUGUUUGUUUUGUUUUUCAGUUGAAAUGUAUGGAAACACCUUCCAUAACCAUUUUAUGAGAAGGAGUAUAGCAUUUGGCUUAAGAAUUGUGAGAAGCUGGUUGGUGUUUAACCUCUCAUUGCUUCAGUUUCCUCAUCAUAAAAGGGGAAUAAAAUAUAGCACCUACUUUAGGAUGCCUGGCUGGCUCGGUUGGUAGAGCAUGCAACUCUUGAUCUGGGGUCAUGAGUUUGAGCCCCACGUUGGGCAUGGAGCCUGUGCCAGAAAAACCCCAAAACAACAGCACUUAUUUUAGAUGAAGUUUGUGAGGAUAAAAUAGAUUGAUAUAUGUAAAGCCUCAAUAAACACUCAACUAAUGUUA